UGUACUUCUUGUUUUCAUUCAUGGACAUAUAGUGCUAUGUUGAGGAAUGCAUUAUUUAGUUGUGAUACUUGGAAUCAUUGAUUUUCUUUGACAUGUGGAGAGGAGUCGCCGUUACUUAUCUGGUCCUUUUCCAAUUUGUAGAGGUUGGGAGCAGUAGCAUAUACAACACAUGGUUUCGUCCGACUUGUAAAUAUGUACGUGGUAUUUACGUUGGUGUUCCUUGCUGGGUUGUCGUUAUGUAGUUUUUGUUUGUAUGACUGAUACAGGAUUUGAAGAUAUCAUCUUGCACACAAGGAUCUGCCGCUGGCCCGGCAUGGAGCAGCACUGGCGUAGGUUGUGGAGGCAGCCGCCUUCCAACCCUUCUAGCCAGAGAAUGUUUGACACUGCUGCAGCAUUAAACACUGGAAGAGAGGCAAUGGAGCAAUUAGGGAUGAUGUCCCUGUCAACCCAGGAGGAUCCAUCUUCUGAGAAUCGAAUGGUUAUGUCAUUCCUUGUGUCUGCACUUGAGUCAAUGUGUAAAGAACUUGAAAAAUCCAAAGCAGAAGUAGCCUGCAUUGCUGUGUAUGAGGCCAGUGUUUUGGUUGUUGGGACUGAAAAGGGAAGGACCUUCCUCAAUAAGCGGAUGGAUUUUCAGGAGGACUUUGUGAAGUACUGUGCUGAACAGGAGAAUCUGGUUGAACAACAGAAAACCCAGUCUGCAAGCACUGUGGCUACCGAGUCUGUGGAUGAUACAGAGAUUGAAGCACUCAGAAAAUCAGUUGAGGACUUAUUUUGCAUUUGCUAUGGGAAAGCCCUGGGGAAACUUACACUAGUACCUGUGCCAUAUGAAAGGAUUAUGAGGGACCAGUCUGCUGUCGUAAUCCAAGGCCUUCCAGAUGGUGUUGACUUCAAACAUCCUGCUAAUUAUGAUGUAUGCACCCUGCAGAAGAUAUUAGAAAAUAAAGGACACUUAUCGUUUGAUAUUAAAAGGCCAUUCUUGGAUCCUAAGAAGCAAUGUGAGAAUUCAAGCAGUGCUGCAUCUGAUUGUCAAAUUUCCUCAUCGGCUUCAUCAAGUUUUGUUACUGUGAAAGUGAAACCAGAGCCCAGUGAAGAAGCAGCAGAUUCAGCUCUAGAAAUAAGAACAGUUGCAGUUAAAGAAGAACCUGAGGAUUCUCACAGUUUCCGACAUAUAGCACGUGAUGAGGACUAUAGACCUCCCCAUAAAAAGCCAAAAAAUACUGAGCAAGUUAUUGAAACUGCCACCUCUGGCAAACGAAAAGUCCGGGAAUUUAACUUUGAUAAGUGGAAUGCAAGAAUCACAGAGCUGAGGAUGCAAGUCGAACAGCUUUUUGAGCGAAAGUAUGCUGAAGCAAUGAAGCUUACAAGGCCAGUGUCAAUUCCUUACCCAAUGUUUCAGUCAAAUUUGGAAGACUUGUACGUAGAAGGACUACCUGAAGGUAUUCCAUUCCGGAGACCCUCCACGUAUGGCAUUCCACGUCUUGAGCGAAUACUGCUAGUUAAAGAUCGCAUCAAGUUUGUUAUUAAAAAACCAGAGCUGCUGAAUUCCUCACGAGAAGACUGCAAGUUAGACAAGCCUGCUGGUGGAGUAAAGGAGGAAUGGUACGCAAGGAUAACCAAACUGAGGAAGAUGGUAGAUGAACUCUUCAGUAAAAAAUAUGGUGAGGCAAUGGGAAGCACAGAGCCCAUGGCAGUACCUUAUCAGAAAUUUGAAGCAAACCCAAAAGAGUUGUACGUGGAGGGGCUUCCUGAAAAUAUUCCAUUCCGCAGCCCAUCCUGGUAUGGUAUUCCCAGGUUGGAGAAGAUUCUGCAAAUGGGCAGCAAGAUUAAAUUUAUCAUCCAAAGACCAGAAUUGCUGAAUCUGAAUGAAAAUGCUCAACAGAAGGGCAAUGCUGGAGUCAAAGAAGACUGGAAUGUUAGAAUUACAAAACUAAGAAAGCAAGUGGAGGAUAUUUUCAACAUGAAAUAUGCACAAGCUCUUGGCUUGACUGAACCAGUGAAGGUGCCCUAUCCAGUGUUCGAGUCUAAUCCUGAAAAUCUGUACGUAGAAGGCCUGCCAGAAGGAAUUCCUUUCAGAAGUCCCACCUGGUUUGGAAUUCCUCGGCUUGAAAGAAUAGUUCGUGGAAAUGCAAAAAUUAAGUUUAUUGUGAAAAAGCCUGAAUUAGUGAUUUCCCAUUUACCUCCUGGCUUGGCUUCACAAAUAAAUACUGAAGGUGCUAAUGACAAGUCAAUGUCAGAAGAUCCUCAAAGUACAGCACAGACAAAUGGAUCUAAUUCAACAUUUAAAACACGAGGUCGUGAAUUUUCAUUUGAAGCUUGGAAUGCCAAAAUCACAGAUCUGAAGCAGAGGGUUGAGGCUCUGUUUAAUGAAAAGUGCGGUGAAGCUCUUGGUCUUUCUGAACCUGUAAAAGUGCCAUUUGCUCUGUUCGAGUCUUACCCUGAUGAUUUCUAUGUGGAAGGACUGCCAGAGGGAGUACCAUUCCGCAGACCGUCUACUUUUGGCAUUCCUAGACUGGAGAAAAUUCUAAGAAAUAAAGCCAAGAUCAAGUUCAUUAUCAAAAAGCCAGAAAUGUUGGAGACCGCCAUAACAGAGCCCACUGCAAAUGAUUCAUCAGGAGAAGGUAUCACUAAUGCGUCAGACACAGCAAUAGGUGUAGAAGACCUGAAUAUCAUCCAGGUGACUAUUGCAGAUGCAGAAAGUGAAAGAGUGUCAAAAAUAGAGAAAGUUCGACUCUUAAGAGAGCAAGUGAAUGACUUGUUUAGCCAAAAGUAUGGUGAAGCUCUUGGUGCAGAUUUUCCAGUUAAGGUUCCAUACAGAAAGAUCACCCUCAACCCUGGCUGUGUAGUUGUUGAUGGCAUGCCUCCUGGAGUUCCAUUUAAAGCUCCUAGUUAUUUAGAAGCCACUUCCAUGAAAAAGAUUCUAGAUUCAGCAGAUUUUAUCAAAUUCACUGUUCUCAGACCUUUCCCAGGACUUCAAGUUAACAGCUCAUCUGAUCAGAAUGAAGGUGAAUCACCAGCUGCAAGAGAAUCCAUCUAACAGAAUAUAUCCACCAAUGAGAGACGCUAAUGAGCUAUUCAGCAGUAUCCGCUGUGUAAUAUACCUGUACAACAGAAUUCUGUUCUGUACAAAUCAUUUUUUUUACUUUUAGAUGUUAUCUUCAUUUUAUUAAAUGAGAUUGUACAAUUUUAUUAACAA